UGGUUUUGGAGAGCUGCCAGAUAGUUGAAAGGCCAUCAGCCCAUAGAUAUACAUAAAUAAAUUAUCAGUGAAUGAAAUGUUGUAAUUAAAAGGUAACCUGCAGUACGAAACUGACAUUUGAUUAUCCCAGUCCCAUGUGUAAGCACUUCAUCAAUUAAAACACAACGAUAAACGUACAAUGUAUAAACAAACGUGUACCAACCUAUUGAACCUAUCCAAAGAUGAGGUCAAAGCUUGGCUAGAUAGCUUUGAUUCUGUUAUUACUGAUUGCGAUGGCGUGCUCUGGGUCUAUGGUGAGCCGAUUGCUGGAUCCGCAGAUGCUAUGAAUAAUUUAAAAACCAUAGGCAAAAGCAUUUAUUUUUGCACAAAUAACUCUACAAAGACUCGCGCCGAGUUGCUUAAAAAGGGCGUUGAUAUGGGAUAUCACAUCACUGAAAAUGGUAUCAUAUCAACUGCUCAUGCAACAGCAGCUUACUUGAAGGCACACAACUUUAGCAAAAAGGUCUAUGUGAUUGGAUCGGAGGGUAUUACUAAAGAACUGGAUGCCGUUGGCAUUGCACAUACAACAGUUGGCCCAGAUCAGAUGCACGGAUCGUUGGGAGAGUUUAUGUCAAAGCAUUUAGUAUUGGAGAAGGAUAUUGGCGCCGUUGUGGUUGGAUUCGAUGAACAUUUUAGCUUUCCGAAAAUGACAAAAGCCGCAUCGUACCUUAGCGAUCCGAACUGCUUAUUCAUCGCCACAAAUACGGAUGAACGUUUUCCAAUGCCAACGCUUGUCGUGCCAGGCAGCGGUAGUUUUGUGAGAGCCAUUCAAACAUGUGCGGAACGGGAACCGAUUGUUAUUGGCAAACCGAAUCCAGCUAUUUGCGCACCAUUGAUCAAUCAGAAGAUUAUUGAUCCAUCGCGCACUCUGAUGGUUGGCGAUCGUGCCAAUACAGAUGUACUUCUAGGCUACAAUUGCGGCUUUCAAACGCUGCUCGUUGGCACCGGCAUUCAUCAGUUGAGCGAUGUUGCCGAGUGGAAGCAGAGCAAAAAUCCAGAGGACAAAAAGCUAAUACCUGAUGUGUACCUGCCCAGAUUGGGAGAUCUGCUGCCUUUUAUUGUUGAUAAGGCAACUGGUGGCAGUUAUUAAGUUUUUAACUUUUAACUUUCAUUUGAAUUUAUUCAUUUAUUCUCAAUGAACUAACCUAUGUAUGUAUUCCGCUCAGGGACGCUAUUAAAAUAUAACCAAUAGAUGGAAAUUUAUUUUACACAUAACAAAAAUAUAAAUGUUUCUAGUUCAAUUUACAAUAAAACUAUAAUUAUUUUGUAAA